AUGAAAAUUCAAACAUUAUGGUGGCUUUCAGUGAUAAUACUUUAUUGGUUGUGCCUCUGCAACAAUGUCUCGGUGGUUUCUACCUAUUGGCACGAGGAUCAACGAUAUUUGCUGCUCAAACUGAAGAGUGAACUCAAAUUUAAGUUGGAAAAUUCUGCCAAGCUUGUGUCCUGGCAUCAAGGCACUGGUUACUGCGAGUGGAAUGGUGUAACCUGUGAUAAGGAGGGACACGUUACUGGUCUUGACCUGAGUGGAGAAUCAAUCUAUGGUGGAUUUGACAAUUCAAGCAGUAUUUUAAGUUUGCAAAAUCUUCAGAGUUUGAAUUUGGCUGCUAAUAACAUCAAUUCGACAAUUCCAUCUGGAUUCAACAAGUUGAAGAACUUAACUUAUCUGAAUUUGUCAUAUGCUGGCUUUGUGGGACAGAUUCCAAUUGAGAUUUCUCACUUGACAAGGUUGGUUACUCUUGAUAUCUCUUCUCUUUCAUAUUUAUAUGGGCAACCACUGAAACUUGAGAAUCUAGAUCUAGGAAAGCUUGUCCAGAACCUCACCAGGAUUAGGCAACUCUAUCUGGAUGGUGUGAGUGUAACAGCUCAGGGACAUGACUGGUGCAAUGCUUUAUUACCACUACAUAGCCUGAUGGAACUGAGCAUGUCAAACUGCAAACUCUCCGGACCCCUUGAUCCUUCCUUGAUAAAACUUAAGAAUCUUUCAGUCAUUCGUCUUGAUCAGAACAAAUUGUCAUCACCAGUGCCAGAAACCUUUGCUCAAUUUCCUAAUCUGACAACCCUUUAUCUUAGUUCUUGUGGAUUGACUGGAGUAUUUCCGGAGAAGAUCUUUAAGGUAGCAACAUUGUCUGAUAUAGACAUAUCAUUCAAUUAUGAUCUUGAUGGUUCUUUUCCCAAAUUCCCAUUGCAUGGAUCUCUUCGGUCAUUGGUUGUAAGUUCCACAUAUUUCUCGGGAGCAAUACCAGCUUCUAUAAGUAAUCUGAAGCAGUUAUCCAUCUUAGAUCUUUCUAAUUGCCUGUUUAAUGGAACACUUCCCGGUUCAAUGUCAAGACUCUCGGAGCUUACUUAUGUGGACUUGUCAUCUAACUACUUCACUGGUCCAAUUCCAUCCUUGAAUAUGUCCAAGAAUCUCUUCCAUUUAGCCCUCUCACACAAUGAUUUAACGGGUUCAAUUGCAUCUCUUGGAUUGGAAGGCCUAAGAAAACUGGUCCAAAUUGAUUUACAGUACAAUUUACUCAAUGGAAGCAUUCCUUCCUAUCUUUUUACACUUCCAUUGCUAAGAAGUAUUCGGCUUUCAACCAACAAUUUUGGAGGCCAUCUGGAUGAAUAUUCAAAUAUCUCUUCCUCCAUGUUAGGGAUCCUUGAUUUAAGCAGCAACAAUUUAGAAGGGACCAUUCCUAAAUCUAUUUUUCAUCUCAGGUCGCUUAUUGUUCUCCAAUUGUCUUCAAACAAGUUAAAUGGCACUGUCAAGCUAGAUGAGAUUCAGAGUCUAGAGAAUCUAACUACAAUAGAUCUUUCGUACAAUAACCUGUCAAUAGAUACAAAAGUUACUGAGGCAAGCCUAUAUUUAUAUUCUUUCCCUACGAUGAGCACUGUGAAGUUAGCUUCUUGCAACUUGAUAAAAUUUCCCGGUUUCUUGAAAAACCAAUCGAAGCUAACCAAUUUAGACCUCUCAAACAACCUUAUUCCAGGAUUUAUACCGACAUGGGUUUGGCAACUUGACUCUCUUGUUCAAUUAAAUCUCUCUCAAAAUUGGCUUACCCAUUUAGAUGGACCUGUACAGAACACUAGCUCUACUUUGAAGGUGCUUGAUCUUCACUUCAACCAACUCCAAGGGAAGCUUCCAGUUUUUCCAGGGCAAGUCGCUUAUUUGGACUAUUCAAGAAAUAACUUCAGCUUCACUCUUCCAUCAGAUUCUGGUACUAAUCUCUCUUCCAUAAUAUUCCUGUCUCUUUCCAGAAACUAUUUAACUGGGAGUAUUCCUCAAUCCCUGUGCAAUCGUUCAAAUAUGCUAGUUCUGGACGUUUCCUAUAAUCACUUUGAAGGGAAAAUUCCAGAGUGCUUAACACAGAGUGAGACGCUUAUGGUAUUAAAUCUACAACAUAACAAUUUCAGUGGCAGCAUUCCAGAUACAUUUCCUGUAUCUUGCGGUUUAAGGACUCUGGAUCUCAAUAGUAAUCUAUUGAGAGGCACAAUUCCCAACUCUCUUGCAAAUUGCACAUUAUUAGAAGUGUUAGAUCUUGGAAACAAUCAGGUGGAUGACAGAUUUCCGUGCUUCUUACAGAAGUUACACACAUUCCGUGUCAUGGUUUUGAGGGGCAACAAAUUUCACGGUACAAUUGGAUGUCUUCGUACUAAUAGUACUUGGCAUAUGCUUCAAAUUGUUGAUUUGGCUUUGAACAAUUUCAGUGGUUCACUUCCAGGAAAAUGCUUCAGGACAUGGGAGGCAAUGGUGCUUCAUGAGGGUGAUGAUGUAACAAAUUUCAAUCGCAUUGGAUCUCCGGUCCUUAAAUUUGGCAGAGGCAUAUAUUAUCAGGAUUCAGUGACACUUACCAGCAAAGGUAUUCAGAUGGAGUUUGUUAAAAUCCUAAUUAUCUUCACAUCUGUUGACUUCUCAUCCAACAAUUUUGAAGGGCCGAUACCAGAAGAGCUUCUUAAUUUUACCGGACUUUAUGCUCUCAACUUGUCACACAAUGCUUUGAAAGGCCCAAUCUCAUCAUCUAUAGGGAAUUUAAAACAGCUUGAGUCAUUGGACCUGUCAAGCAACCAUUUUGAUGGAAAAAUUCCCACACAGCUUGCAAGUUUAGGCUUCCUUGCCUACCUGAACCUUUCAUUUAAUCGUCUGGAGGGAGAAAUCCCUUUAGGUACUCAACUUCAGACAUUUGAAGCUGCUUCCUUUGCUGGUAAUGUAGAAUUAUGUGGAGCUCCUUUGACUAAAAAUUGUAGUCAUGCAGUGCACAGCCUGUCAAUGUCACCAUACACCUGGCGGCAUGCAAUUGAUUGGAAAAUGUUGAGCGCUGAAUUGGGAUUUAUUUUGGGUCUUGGGGUUUUUAUUGGUCCCCUUCUGUUUUGGAAAAGAUGGAGGCAAUGGUACUGGAAGCGUGUGGACUUGAUUCUGUGCCGUGUCUUCCCCCAGCUGAGUCUUGAAUACGAAAGGCAUGGAAGGCGAAGAUAUUUAAGAGUCCUCACUCAAGAAUGUUGUUUCUGUAAUUAUUUGGUGGGGAAGAUUCCCACAGGUACUCAACUUCAGUCAUCUGAUGCAAGGUUCUUUGAAGGCAAUGAUGGAUUAUAUGGAUCACCAUUAGCUGAAAAUCCGGUGCAUGCAGUUGCUUGGAAUAUUGUGAGUGCUGAAUUGGGACUAGUUUUUGGUCUUGGUCUUGUUAUUGGUCCUCUUUUGUUUUGUAAGCGAUGGAGGCAAUGGUAUUGGAAGCAUGUGGACUUCAUUUUGUGUUGUGUUUUCCCUCAGUUGGAUCUUGAAUAUGAAAGCCGUGGAGGACAUAGCUAUCAAGUUUUAAGGUGGAGGUAUUAG